AUGCAAAAAUACAUUGCAAAGCAACAAACAAUUGAUACCUUGAAGAAAUCGCGUGAAAUCAGUGAAUUUAUCGCGAAGAAAGAAAAAAAAAACACUGUCAUCGACGAGGAAGUUAAUGUAAAAUUGGAGCAGAUGGCUACGCUGAAGGAGCUUGAACAAACUCUUCAAGCCAAUAGAUACAUACACAAGGGUGGCAAUGUAUUGCCAGAUCUUGAGUCAAAGGAAAGAACACUUGGCUUCCUCGAGAACCUAGAUGCAGAUGGGCUCAAAGAAGAAAUCAAAAUGUGCAAAAGCUUAUUCUAUAAAUGCUAUAGAAAUCUACGAAUUUUGUGCGAAUUUUGUACUUUUGCCUUUUGGUGA